AUGCCACUCGAGAAGAAUUACUGUGGUUACACAAAGCCGAUUACAUUGACGAGAUCGCAUGCUGCUUUGCUUUCUGCUGGUUCAUCACUUCAAAUCGUUGAAAGCAUCUUGAGCGGCGAAAGCCGAAGUGGUAUCGGAGUUAUCCGACCACCAGGGCAUCACGCGGAAUGCGAUGAAACCUAUGGAUUUUGCUUCUUCAGCAAUACAGCAUUAGCAGCUAAAUACGCCAUUGAAAUUCAUCACCUGGAAAGAAUUCUUAUUAUCGAUUGGGACGUGCAUCACGGUAAUGGAAUCCAGCGGAUGUUUGAAGAGGAUCCACGAGUCUUGUAUGUUUCACUGCAUCGGCUUGACAUUUUCCCUUUAAAACCAGAAGAAUCCGAUUGUAACGUUAUCGGAACAGGUGCCGGAGCUGGUUAUACCGUCAACAUAGCGUGGCCUAAGAGAGGGAUGGGUGACGCAGAGUAUCUUGCAGCAUUUCAGCAAAUUAUUAUGCCAAUAGCAUAUCAGUAUGAUCCACAGCUAGUUCUCGUUGCAGCUGGAUUUGAUGCUGCUCAAGGCGAUCCGUUGGGAGUCCCAACUUCGCCAGUGAAGCCACAUAAUAUCCCAAAAAGACUGUUACCAAUGUUGGAAGUGAACAGUAAUCGUUGCCAACACAGAUGGUAGCUCAAUGGAAGUAGCAACCAUGUUGCAGGAUUUCUAAGUCAGUGCCAAAAAAAGUUGCAGAACUUGUGAUGGCUGGGUGGUUAACUACAGUUUUGUUAAAUUGGUUCAAAAUUGUCAUUACAUAUUUGGUUAUUUGCCAACUGGCGAGGGGGAAAAACUACAAUCGUCUCACCGCCAUAUUGCACCUUCUCACCAGUCACUACGCGCCAACCAAAUAAGUGCAAAAGAAAACCAUCAAAUGUUAGGAGUAGCAAGCAAGAUUCACUUAAACGCAUAGUUUACACAUCAAAGGGACAACAUUAAGCGGUCAAAAUUGAUAUUUGAAGGCAUGAUAAUAGUUUAAGAGAUGGAUUUCUAAGUAGGGUCAUCUUUCAUGGUGUGAUGCACUUUUUUUUUGCUUUGAAAGAAGCUCGAAAGUUAAGAUGUUUUCGUUUGGGCAUUUUUGAAUUGAAUCGUUCACCUUAACAAUCAGAUUUAAAGGAAGACUAA